CCGCGCAGUGUGGCUCUAAAAAGUGGCGGCUGAUCGAUUAGACGAUUCUUCUGGCAGCUAUUCGGCAAUUAUAUUAAGAAAUUUUUGAAAUUUUAUAAAUGCAUUGAUAUUUCGAUACAAUUUUUACUUUUGUUACUUAAAUCAUUGUUCAACAGAAUUAUAAAUUGUAUAGAAAUUGUUCAAAUUAAAUUUAAAGCGCAGCAUAGCAUGAAGAUUGUUCGAUAAAAAAGUAUGACAGUUGAUUUUUCAAUUAAUAUGGCAACUCUAUUCGAAAAGGAAGCUAAAGUGCAAACAGUAAGGAAAAUUUAUUGCGGCGUUUAAUUCGAUUAACUGCGAAAAUGUCGCAAUUAUUAGUAGAUGAAGAAACAUUGGAAACGCUAACCUAUGAACGUUCCAAAAUAUGGGCAAACUUUCUUAAACGGUGUGAGAAUAUGGAAGAUGGCGUGGAAAUAAAUAUGAAUAAUAUCGAUGAGCUGUAUAAAAACGAGGAUGAAGAAAGUAUUGUCGAUAUUGAAGAAGCCGUAGAAGAUACUGUUGAGACAGAGGUCCACAACACAACGGCAUCUAUGAGCAAGGACGAACUUACUUUAAUGAUAUGCAACAGCGAUAAUAAGGAGAUUUUAAAUCAAACGUUGCCAAUCGUUCAGGAGCACGUACGUAAAUGGAAAGCUGCUGGUCUAGAUCGUAUACUAAAUACCUUCGAUGAGCAGAAGAUUGAACGGCAUGUGGGUGAUUGGUUGCGGCGCCAUAACAGUGCCUAUGGUGACAAGACUCUUCAGCAAAUGUCGCCCACAAAACUUAGCCGCAGGCGCUACACUGCAACUGAUCAUGUCUACUCGCCGGAUGUCAGCAACGAAAGCGAAACUGAGUCAAUGCAUUCUGUGGACACAGCACGCUACAUACGCGCCAGUCGCAAGCGGACUGUGUCGACUGCCUCCAAGUGCAGCAGUCCCAUGACAACAAUCAAAAUGUAUCGCACGCUGCCGCGGAAGCGCGACGAGUUGCGUGCCAAAUACGGCUGCGAUGAGUACAAUGAGGAUCAGGAGCAUCGACACCACAUGCAGGCGCUGCGCCAUCGACGUGACCAGCUGCACAGAUGCAAUCGUGAGCGUGGACGUGAACGUGAACUAAUUUAUCACACAACUCCCAGUCAUUAUCCGUACAGGGUUGCGGCCAGCUUUAAUGGCCAGCAGCGUCGCAAGCAGCUCCGAAAGCGGCACGACAGCUCACCACAUUUUCCAUCAUCAUCCUCUAGCGAAGAUGAGACUGGCCAUAGCCGUUGCAACUGCAGUGCCUGCAUGAGGCGUGCCUUUUCCAUGACAGCGCAUCCAUAUUAUGGCUAUCGCAGCUAUCACAUGCACAGCCUAUAUCAUCAUCAGCGACUUGAAUUGGAGUCGAGAACGUCGCACAGCCUUUUUAAGCGGAGCGUGCGUCAAUUGCGACGUCAGCAUUCAUUCGAGGAUGACUUGCGUCCUCGUUUAUUAGAGAGCGAUUAUAAGUGUUGCAACAAUGAUCGACUCUGCUCGAAUGUGGUGCACAUCGCCAAUAGGUCAACAGAGGAAUGGGUGGUUGAGAAUGAAAGCAGUCCGGAUCUUAUGCAGUUAAAAACGCCGUCCAAAUGUCGUUUUAAGACUAUAAACUCAACGUUGAGGUCGAAAUUGCAAAGAAAAUGUCAGCCGAUUAGUGUUCUUGCUGAACAAACUGACGAAGACAGCGAAGAUAUGUUGGAGGAAAACACCAUUCUAGACAAGGAAUAUCUACCGGAAGACAAGCCUAUGCGAAAAGCAUUACAAAAGUUUAUUAAUGCGGACGUUGUGCCAAAGUCUAUUACGAGUUUGUCGUCGAAUAAUAUUACAGUGCCUGAAAUAAGUAAGGAAUCUGUUAAAUCUAACAAUAUUGUCAAUAAUGAACCAAUGGCUAAAUCUAACAAAGUCAAAGGUUCUUACCAGAAACAGAAGUUAUUGACGUCAGAAAAAAGAGGAUCUGUAUCUGAAAAAAAUGUAAAGAGUAACAAGGCUACUAGCACAGUCGGUAAUGCUCGCCAGAAACCUAAGAAGGGCAAGAUGACUUCCAAUGAAUCAGAUGAUUCCGAUGCAGAUUUUAAACUAGCUGUGUCACUUUCUAUGCAAACCUUUUUGAGUGAAAAAAAGAAAUCGCUGCAAAGUGCUGAUCCUAAAUUAAGCGGAGAGACCUCUGCAUCACCGUCAAAUUUACCGGAACAAUCAACUUUUAAUGAACAUAGUGUGGCCUGCAAUUCUACGGCUGUGUCUAUUGAUGCGGAAUGUGCACAUUCGAUGAAAAAUUUGAUGAAGUUACCAAUAAAUACGAUCGCAACCACUUCACAGCAAAUUUCCGAUGAGCUUUCGAGCACCGAUGGCGACUGCACUAUUGUCACAUCCACAACUGGUUGCGAGACAGCUGCUGCAGUCGCGAAGCCAACUAUUAAGCUAACUAAAAAGGGUUAUUUACUGUAUGCACCAUCAAACCGGCAGCAGAACUGCAAUUCGAGCAACUUUACGCUAACCGAGGAUAGUCUUAGCCCCAUCAUUGGACUGAGCAAGGCUCGCAAGUUUCUCAAGUAUUACACGGGCUCUCGUAGCUUUGAUAAGCGCUACUCGGUUUAUUAUCGUCCCACAGCAAAGAUGGCAGAUGUAUUGAGUGCACGCGCCAAGUCUGUGGAUUAUCAAUCUUCAAGCAGCAGUGGUAGCGAGUCCGAUAUUUUCGAUCGCAUUCACCGUUACGGCGAUGUUUAUUUGGAAAAGAAUAUCGAGAGCGAUUGAUUUUUUUAACUAGGAAAACCACCACAUUCUUAUAUAUAUAGUGUUAAGAAGAUAGUUGAACUGAGUCUCAACAUUGAAUUAAUUGAAAUACUUUAAAUGUCCUU